CGUCACUCUGCAGCGAUGGGCAGUCGGACGAGCGCUGAGAAAAUGAGCUCCAUUCCCCUAUCACGGUCGGAGGUGUUUGGGGAGCUGAGGAAGGAUCUGCACGAUGAUCAAGAGUUCCGGCAAUCCGACACACAUAUAUUUAUCAUCAUGGGAGCUUCGGGAGAUCUGGCCAAGAAGAAAAUCUACCCAACUUUGUGGUGGCUGUUCAGGGACGGCCUCCUCCCAGAAAAUACAUUUUUUGUUGGCUUUGCUCGGUCCGACCUGACUGUUGAUGCUAUCAGGACUUCCUGCAUGCCAUAUCUCAAGGUGACAGACUCUGAAGCAGAUCGGUUGUCUGUCUUCUUCAGCAGGAACUCGUACAUAAGUGGAAAUUACGCAGAUGGGGAUUCCUUCUCCAACCUCAAUAAACACAUUCUGACUCUGCCCGAAGGAUCUAAGGCAAACCGUCUCUUCUACCUGGCUCUGCCGCCAACGGUCUAUCACAGUGUUACCAAGAACUUAAGGAACCACUGCAUGAGUGAAAAGUCAGUGCACACUUCAUUCCUCAGUUCUUGCAGUGUGCCUGUACAGAGAGGCUGGACCAGAGUAAUUGUAGAGAAGCCAUUUGGACGAGACCUUCAGAGCUCUGAGGAGCUGUCUGCUCACCUCUCUUCCCUCUUCACUGAAGACCAGAUCUAUCGUAUUGAUCACUACCUUGGCAAAGAAAUGGUGCAGAAUCUUAUGGUGCUCAGGUUUGGAAACCGCAUCUUUGGACCAAUCUGGAACCGGGACAGUGUGGCAUGUGUGGUUCUCACAUUUAAAGAACCAUUUGGCACUCAGGGAAGAGGAGGCUACUUUGAUGACUUUGGAAUCAUCCGAGACGUCAUGCAGAACCAUUUGCUCCAGUUGCUGUGUCUGGUUGCCAUGGAGAAACCAGCCUCCACUAGCUCGGAUGAUGUCAGGGAUGAAAAGGUCAAAGUGCUGAAAUGCAUCAAUCCAGUGUUAAUGUCAGAUGUGGUGCUGGGCCAGUAUGUGGGAGACCAAGAGGGUGAAGGAGAUGCCAAAUUGGGUUAUCUUGAUGAUGCCACGGUUCCUGAAGGAUCUACUCAGGCCACAUUUGCCACUGCUGUGCUUUAUGUGCACAAUGAGCGCUGGGAUGGCGUUCCUUUCAUCCUCCGCUGCGGAAAAGCUCUGAAUGAGAGAAAGGCUGAGGUGCGGCUGCAAUUCACAGAUGUCCCUGGGGACAUAUUUGGAAAUCAGUGUCACCGCAAUGAACUGGUGGUCCGUGUGCAACCUAAUGAAGCAGUCUAUGCCAAGAUGAUGAGCAAGAAGCCUGGUGUGUACUUCUGCCCUGAGGAAACUGAGCUGGACCUCACCUACAAGAGCAGAUAUAAGGAUGUGAAGCUCCCAGAUGCUUACGAACGUCUCAUUUUGGAUGUCUUCUGUGGAAGCCAGAUGCACUUUGUACGCAGUGAUGAACUGAAAGAGGCCUGGAGGAUCUUCACACCUCUCCUUCACCAAAUAGACAAAGAGAAGCCAAAGCCGAUUCCGUACAAAUAUGGAAGUCGGGGCCCAGCAGAAGCUGACGAGCUUGUAAAGAGAGUUGGAUUCCGCUAUGCAGGCACUUACAAAUGGGUCAACCCCAACAAACUUUGAGUUGUAGUGAGUGGAGGGAGGAAUACAGGUAGGUAAUAUAGUUUAUGGGGUGCCGCCGGAUAAGCAGUGUCCCAGUAGUGAUCUACUCAGGUAAAGAGGUUAUUUUUUCUGAGUUACUUCAGAUGCUCAGGUGUUGAAAUAAACCAAGCGGACAUGAGUUGAUUGAACCUUGUAUUUGGAUGACCUUUUUAUAAUUUAUUCAUUUGUGGGGACCAGUCAGUUUAAUUAAGGAGCAAAUCAAAUCAAAGCAUUUUUUUACCUUUUGAUGAGGUUCCACAUGCUCAUUUAUCAGUUGUCAAGUGCUGUACCAAAGUUGUACACAAGCAAACAUUACCAUUGUAAUUGUAAUACUAUAAUGCUUUGACUACAAUGUAUUCUACAUAUUCAGUGGAACUUGUAUUGUUUCUUGCCUUUUCUGCCUGGGACCAAGCACAUUGUAGCUGUUGUAAAUAAACAACACUUGAGUUUAAGACAGGCAGUUUCAGCAUUUGUAUUGUAAUAGUCUUAAGUGUCCUCAAGGAUAAGAAAAUCCAGACUUUUUUAGUUCCCUCCCUCUGACUCAUUCCCUUUUUGUUUAAAUUUUUACAGGUUUAUUCAAGUUAAAGUUCAUUCCAUAUCUGAGAAAUAAAAAGACAUCAGGUCUAGACAUGUCAGCACUGAAUGCCUUUGUAAUGACCAAUUGUGUACUGCUGUUAUCCACAUGUACAUGUAAUAAACUACUUAUGUAUACUUUA